GAGAGAGAGAGCGGGGCUGUGGUCAGUCUGAUCGUUGCUCCUCGCCAUAGGGGAUGUCUGGGAAUAAAAGCAUGAAACUGGACACAGAGAUGCGCUCUCGGAGCUCCGCCCCUGAAUAACAUCACCAUCAUCAUCAUCAUCAUCAUCAGAGUCGGAGAGGAAUAACUGGAGGGCACGAGAGAGGACGCACGCGGACUGUCAACCUGCUGCACGCGUCGCGUUCAUCCGUCACCUCUGAAUACGCAGCCGAGAGCAAGAACAAGUCAGCAAUCGCAGAUGCUCACGCAUUCACACGCACAGACCCUGCCUUCUCUCUCUCUCUGAUUAUUUUUCUCAGGCUAAUAUGAGGAAGCCUCUGGUGUGCUGAAGGACGUCUGGAUUUACUGUACAAGUAGCGUUCUCAGCAUGCGCUAAGCCCGACUGUAGCGUAACGAGAGAGCGUUGAAGCAGAGAGAACGGCCAUGGCCUCUGACAUCCAGCGCCAUCUGAUUGUCUGCGUCCGCCAGCGCUCCUGGAAGAAACUCAGGCCUGCGCGGGUGUUUGGCCUUCUCGUUAGUCUCAUAGCAAUAAGUGCAGUGGCCUUCUCAUGGCGCUCUACUGCUCAGUGGGAGGGGCUACAGAGCCACGCCCCACACAGGACACUGCUCUCCACACACCUGGGUUACCACAGUAACCUCUCGGAGGACACACCCAUAGCCAUGCGCUCGUCCGCGGAGUCAAACGAGAGUCAGGGGGACUAUCCGACUGACCUGUUCAGUUUGGAGGACCGUCGGCGCGGUGCUGUUGUGUUGCACAUGUUUGGCAUGAUCUACAUGUUCAUCGCUCUCGCCAUCGUCUGCGACGAGUUUUUUGUCCCCGCGCUCACGGUCAUCACAGAGAAACUCGAGAUCUCAGAUGACGUGGCAGGCGCCACCUUCAUGGCGGCCGGGGGCUCGGCUCCUGAGCUCUUCACCUCCGUCAUCGGCGUAUUCAUUUCCCACAGUAACGUAGGCAUCGGAACCAUCGUCGGCUCUGCUGUGUUCAACAUCUUGUUCGUCAUCGGAAUGUGUGCCGUCUUCUCCAAAGAGAUCCUGAACCUGACGUGGUGGCCUCUGUUUAGGGACGUCUUCUUCUACAUCGUCGGCCUCAUCAUGCUCAUCGUUUUCUUCUUGGAUAACUACAUCACGCACUGGGAGAGUAUCAGUCUGCUGCUGACCUACGCCACAUAUGUGCUCUUCAUGAAGUUCAAUGGGAAUGUAGAGACUUUUGUCAAGGGCAUCAUGAACAGAAACCAGGUGGUGGAAGUGGAGGCCCAACCAAAGUUGAGCCCUACUGCAGUGGAGGAUGACAGCAAGCUGUCGGUCAAACCCCGGCUGCAGAGAGGAGGAAGCUCCGCCUCUUUACACAACAGCCUAAUGAGGAACAGCAUCUUUCAUCUGAUGAUCCACACACUCGACCCUCUCAGUGAAGAAUUCGCUGACUCUGGGUGAAGAGGAUGAUGAGGAAGAUCAGCCUCUGAGCCUGUCGUGGCCCGAGUCCAAACGCAAGCG